CUUAAUUUCACUUAGGGUCAUCUUCUCACUUAUAAUUACACUUUGCACAUUUUUGUUUUCUGCUUAUGUUUCCCAGAAUACAACGUACAAUGGCAUUCAACAACUCCACAGUGAACAGAGGUAAAAACUACUGCUCUGAAGUCUUUAAGUUGCUGUUUGACUUGGAAACCUUUGAAAUCUACUCAUACAUUUUGAUCUUCAUCCUCAGUAUCAUAGGAAACUUCCUCCUCUUAUAUGUCCUCUUUCUCUAUGAGAACUUAAAAAAUGUCACAAAUCUAUUUGUCCUGAACCUUGCCUGCUCCGAUUUGAUGCUCACAGUCACACUUCCAUUCUGGGCCGUCUAUCUGCUGCAGGAGUGGGUCUUUGGUCAUUUUGCCUGCACAUUUGUGAUAGUGACAGAGAUUGUUGGUUUGUACAGUAGCGUCAUUCUACUGACUGCCAUGACUGUGGACCGUUUCAUAACUGUGGUGCUGCACAACAUGCCAAGAAACAAAGUAAGGAGGCAGAGGUUUGCAGCAUUGAGCUGUGCAGCUGCAUGGAUCAUCAGCAUCUCUGUUUCUAUACAUGUUGCUACUAGAGUCACGGUGGAAGACUGGCGUGGUCGUUCGGUGUGUUCGAUUCGGACUUCUUAUGUGGACUAUGAUUUUAACCUUGCAGUGUCUCUGCUCUUCUUCUUCCUGUUAUCCAUCAUUGUUUUCUGCUAUUCUGCCAUCCUCAAGACAGUGUUGCAGGCUUCAAACAGAAGAAAGCACAGGACGGUAGUGGUGGUGUUAUGUAUAGUUGCUGCCUUCAUCAUCUGCUUGGUACCUUACAAUAUUUUGGAUAUAAUCGUGUCCCUCAAGGAACCUGAAAACUGUAAUGCAUUGAAACGUGAGAUUAUUGCCUUAAGUAUUUGUCAGAUACUUGCUCAUUCUCACUGCUGUAUGAACCCUAUUCUGUAUAUGCUCUCAGAAAAGUGGCGAAAGCAUCUUUUGGAUCUUUUUAGCUGCAAGAAAGUCAGGAGGGUGAGAGACAGGAAGAGAACCACUGACUCUUCUGUUAAGCAGAACGUAGCUUUUAAAGCACAAAGCUCUGCUGUUGUGUUGGAACCAACCUGCAGCUAAACAUUCAUCGCUAAAAUGAAAGCAUCAAUUAAUACUUGAUAUGAUAUUUGUUUGAACUAGUUUAACCUAUAGUGUUCACAUUUCCAUAGAGAUAUUAGGGGGACUACUUUAAUGUAAUUCUCUAUACAUCUUUGAUCCACUAUUUACAUUUUGAACAGAAGUUUACACUUUCCCAUGCAGUAUUCUUUUAAAACAGACCCUGGAUUUCGGACAGGGUGACAAAUGCAAGUUAUUUAUAUUUGUAUUCAAAUCUGCAUAGUUUUUUUAAUGAGUUUUAGGUAACUCGCUAGUUAAUUUAGCUCUUAUUAGCUUGGUGAGUUGGUUGUAAAUACUGUCACUGGCUGUCUUAAAGUUUUAUCUUACUCAUUAAGGCUAAAGUUUGCAAAAAGUUUGUAUCCCUAAGAAAACCAUGUAAAGAUUCAAUGGUGUUGUAUAACAUUUAAUGCUUAGGUAUCUAUGUUUUACAUUUUGCAAUAAGCCAUACAUAAGUCUUUCAACAAUGUGACACUAUUUGGAAAACAUUACGCUCAAAUAUGAUAAAGAACAGUACAACCCCGCCAACAUUACUCUAAACUCUGAUAGCAUCUAAGGCCAGCUUUUUUUCAUUUAUUUUGUACUCAAGCUGCAGACCCACAAACAGAUAUGCUGAUACGCUAGAUAAGUCCAUCCUCACAGUCUUUCGCUUGUGUUUUUGCUUUAGUGUUAAAAACAACAAAAUAUAUUACAUCAUACAACUGAUAAAUACAAGCUUGAAAGACAUGCCACCUUUUGGCGGAGAAAUUUCACAAAAGGUUAAAGCAGAUGCUAUUUGCACCCGGGUGUCUAUGGUCAACAAUACUAUUUGCACCCAGAUUUCUAUGAGUUAAUAUGUAUGUCAUUUUUUAAUUGUUUUUAUUAAUUUUAAUU